CAUGCCACGUCAAAGAGGUGAAUUUUGGGAUGAAUUUACAAAAAUAAUCAAAGAUGAACAAGAAAGAUAUGAAUGUAAAAAAUGCAAUAAAUCUUGGGUUAAAAAUGAAUCACAAAUGUUACAGCAUUACAAUUUAUGUUUUUUGAACAAGAAAGAAGAAUCAUCAACAUCAGCAUCUAAUACACAAGUCAAUAAAAUUACUCAAGACGAACAGGAAGAAUUAGCAAGUUUAUUAGCACGUGGAAUUUAUUCUAGUGGUGUUUCUUUUAACAUACUAGAAAAUGAUGAUAUUAAAGCUUUUUUUGAAAAAGCAUGUCCAUUUUUUAAAUUACCUACAUGA